AUGAAAUUUUUAUCGGUCCAUACACUGGAAAUCAGUGUACAUCACAUAGUAGUUCCAGAUCAACUAGUCCCCACACAUUUAUACCAUCACCAAAAAACAUCAUUAGGACACCAGUUGCUUCGCCUAAAAACACAAAUCAAAAAAAUGGAAUGCCUGGUAAAACGAACAUUGCUAGCCCAUACAGUUCAGCACAAAAAAACAGUGCGUUGGUUGGAAAAGUUUAAAGCUUCACAUCAAAAGGAAAAAUCCAACAAACAAGUAAUCAGUAGUACUAAAAGAACUUCUAGCUCGAGUGGUUUUAGUUCUGCUCGUUCAGAACGUAGUGAUUCAUCAAAUAGUCUUUCAAAUGAACCAAAACCAGUGCUUAGCCUAGAAAAAAAAGAAAAUUCCAUAGAAGUGCCAAAACCAGUAUUAAGAAAAAAAAUUGUACGACCACCUGUACCAUCUGAAUCACGCCUAUCUAAAAUUAGUAUUAAAUCAUCUACACCUCCUAAAUGUGAAAAUCAACAAAGGAAAAGUUUUGAGAUAUUAAAUUCAGAUAAAGAAGACUUAAUUAGUUCAUCCACAAUGGAAUUAUCCCAGAGUCAAUCUAGACUCAGCGGUACUGGAAUCCCAAAACCAGUAGCCACUGUCAAAGGAAUGACAAAACCCACACACUGUGUAGCUCCAAUGCAACAGACAAAUUCAGAACUUAAAAAAAGUGAUGACCCAUUAGAAAAAAAUAAUGUAAAACCACUUGAUAUAUGUAAUGAACCUAAAAAACCUGAAAAUACUUCUAGUUUAAUUCUGAAUGAAUUAAAACAUGACAAGCAAAGCUCAUUUACAGAAGAAGAUGAUCCAGCAUUAAAUGUGAAACCAAUGGAACCGUUAUUAAGAGGAUACAAAAGAUCAAUUAUCGUACCACAACACCGGACUAUACCAUCAGAUUUAGGAGUAGCUCAAAAUAACUGUAUGAAUGGAAAUUUUCAAGAAAAACGCAUUUCUGCAGAUUCUGAUUAUGGACAACAAUCUUCAGGUUAUGUAUCAGACGGUGAUGUUCUUCAGUAUGAUAUUCAGUCGCGACAAAUUCUAGCUACAGAUCCAGGCUAUAUGUCCGAAGGACCAGCAUACAAUGAUUCAAAAUCUUUAAGAUAUCAAAGUUCAAUUAAUAACAGCAAACAAACUAUACCGUUAAAUAAUCAUUUAAAACAUGGAAUUAUUUCAAUCGAUGGACUUGAUGCAAAUAUAAAUGAUUCAAAUAGUCAAUUGGCAAUCAAACAACAAAUCAAGCUGAACCGAUUCAAUGUGGGCCCAGACGGGGGCUCAUCAAGUCUUGGCCCUGAUGUUAGUCCUCCAACUAGCCCUCCAGAACCUACACCUGUAGCCCCUGUUUAUAAAGUAGUUACACGUAACCAUGUCAAGAAGUCAGACAGCGGACAGCAAACCGAGUUAAAUAAUUCAAGCUUAAGGCAAUCUUCACAAUGGAAGAAGUACAUUGAAGCUGGCAAAAAUGCAGAACAAAUUAGAUCAAAUGAUUUUGAAAGAGUACGGGACAAACAAAGUCCAAGACGAACUGAUAAAAAACGGUCAACUGAUGGAUCUCGUGAAGACUUGCAUAACAUGGACUAUAUGGAAAGAAAGUCCAGGAGUGACAAAAUCAAAACUCGAGGUAGUGUCCCUCAAAGCUUUGGUUAUGUUAAACGAUCCACAUCCAGCUCCAAUGGUAAAGGUGACCCAAGAACAGCCCAAGUUUCAGCCGUUCCUAGGACUAAAGUGAAAGUUUCCGGCGGUACUCAAACUGAUAUGAAGACAUACUCAGUAAGUGGACCAAGUGCUACUCAACUGUCACAAAGUGUCAGGGAACGACUUAUGGCUAAUCAAUCUGAACAAGAAGCUAAAAUUGGUAGCCCAUAUGGAACAUGGAUGAGACACAGUCCUGUUCCACCUCACUAUACAGCUUCUCUGCCUUCUAGGACUGGUGCUAUAGGAGGUAUGAUUGAAGCUGAGAGCAUUGAAUCACUUCCUGCACAAUUACAUCAUAGAGCAAGUUUAACCCAUUCACGAUUAAUGACUUCUGCAUCUCCAAAUACUAGUCCAUCACCUAACCAGGCAAACAGAAUAUCAAGGAGCAAUAGCAUCAGCUACCUAAGAGAUCGGACAUUUCCAAGAUCAACAAAGUCAGAAAAACUAUAUCCGUCUAUGUUGCAACGUUCAGAUGAUCCAGAUUCAUACUACAGUAUACCUUAUGCAUCUUCUAAUCGGUCUGAACAUCGCACUUAUCCCCAUGCCUCACAACCAACUAGCCCAACACCAGUUAGUCGUUAUAAUUAUCAAUCUCCUCAACCGAACCAUAGAUCAGUAAUUUCAUCACCAUAUGCUGCUUCUAUAAUGAGUAAAAUCAAUACAAAAGAUGAUGAUGCGCACGGAUCAGCUUUGAGUCUGAUAUCAACUGGAUCAUCAUCUUUGUAUAGUGGAAUGGGUGCAGAUGAAAAGCAUGCACAAGAAGUCAGGCGUUUAAGAAGAGAUUUAAGUGAAGCGCAAGAUAAAGUUCAUACAUUGACGAGUCAAUUAUCAACAAAUGUAAGUAAUAAGUUAAUUUUUAUUAUGCAUAGUUUUUCUGUAUGA